GCAGGCUGCAAAAAUAACAAAAAGUAGCUCGAAUAGCAAUGUGAACAAAAUUUACUUGUAAUUUUAGGACUUGAAAGCUUAAAAAUAUUCAAACGCUGGACGGCGCUGGCGUUCAAAAGAAACCGAAAGCGCGCCAAAGCUAUCGGUCUAUCGACGAUAAAAGCAAAAGUUCCAUCUCCUGCCAUCUUCGAACGUAAACAAGCUGAAAAGGGAAAAUCUUGGAUUCUGACUGGGCAGAGUCAGCAAAAAAUAGGAACAGAGGAUCUAUAUAUCUCGGCUGGUAGCUCCACCAAAUAUGGACGUGGAUGAGGAGCAAGCAGAGGGAAGAACGGCUUCCGCCUGCAAAAGACAGAAACGCAACGAUUCUCUGGAUUCCGGAGAUUCCGGUGGACUUGGAGAGUCCAUUCAGGUUGGCGUGGAGAAAAGUGCCAGUGCAAACGAGAGUGCGAUUAGUACCACUACAGUCGCAAGCGCUGCCAGCAACAAUAACAACGGUGAGGGGAAAUCUAUGGAGAAAGAAAACCUGUCAGAGGGGGUUGUGGAGGAAAAGCCGCCUGGUGAUCAGGCAAUUGGACCAGAAGAACAAGAUGAUCAGCAGGUCCCAUCCUUCCUGGAGUGUCAGCUGUCUCCUGAGUCUGCUAGCGCUGUUUUAGCCAACAACCAAAAGAUCCACUUCCCCAGCUGCACCAACAAUGCCAUUGAUAGCGAUGACGAUGCAGUCGAGCCGCUAGAGCAAGAGCAGCAAGAAGAAGAGCAGGCGGAAGAGCAGUUCAUACCACCACCACGCCUUAUACGACGAUCCAGGUUUAAUAUCGAGGUCUUGAGCUCGUUGACCGACUCGGACUCCAAUUCAAGCUUUGAAACCCAAAGAAAUGACAGUGACCACGGAGAAGCCGCCGUUGCUGAGGCCGGGGACCCGAUGGACCAGGAGCAGGAACAGGAAGUUCCAGCCCUGCUAGAUGCCUCAUCUGAUGAUAGCUCCUCAAGCCAUACCGAAGACUUUUUCCCUCCCUAUUCCAGCGAUUUGUCGUCUUCUGAGGACGAUGAUGAAGACGAACAUGAACACUUCGAUGCAAACCAACAGCUUAAUAUUGAAAAUUCUGUAACAGAUGUAAUGUGCAAGUGCAAACCGGCAUACACCUGGAACUGCGCCCAGGAACUUAUGCAUCGGGAGCACAACAUUACAAAUCGCAUUGAUUGGCGCGGCGGUCAGACCUCCGUAGAAAGCUUUGGUCGGGGGUACUAUGCUUCCCGGCAAAUGGUGGAGCAGUUAACACAACUGAGCUCCCUGAGCCAACACGCGGGCUGCGUUAACUGCCUGAACUUCAACCGCUCGGGGGACUUGAUCUGCUCUGGGUCCGAUGAUCUCAAAAUAAUCGUAUGGGACUGGGCGAAUGACAAGGCUGUGCACAGCUUUCGCUCCGGCCACAACAUGAAUAUCUUCCAGGCCAAGUUUAUUGAUAGUGUGGGCUGUUUGGACAUUGUGACAGCCAGCAGGGAUGGGCAAGUGCGACGAGCCGUGAUACCGCCUUCCGGUGGUCUCACCAAACCCGAACGCCUUUACUCUCAUGUCGAUUCGGUACACAAGAUCGUAGUAGUGCCUCAUAGCCGACAUGAAGUGAUGAGCGCCGGUGAAGACUCAGCUGUUAAACAUUUUGAUCUGCGUACCAGCACUACGUCCUCCACGAUGCUGCGCGUCGUGACGCAGGACCCGAAUGAGAGGAGCCGGCGUGUCCGUCUCUUCAGCAUUGCACAUCAUCCGUUUGCGCCGGAGUUCAUGGUGAGCGGAUCGGAUGAGAAGUUGCGGAUCUACGACAAGCGGAAGUUGACCGAGCCCGUUCAUGAGAUGACUCCGCGCGAAGUAAAGGAUACCAAGAUUACCCAGAUCACGUGCGCAGUUUACAACUAUAGCGGAAGCGAGAUUCUGGCCUCCUAUAGCGAUGAUUGGAUCUAUCUGUUCGAUAGCCGCAACUACACGGAUGGCGAGACCCUGCACAGCUACAGGGGACAUGUUAACAGCCGCACCAUCAAGGGUGUGAACUUUUUCGGACCGAGAUCGGAGUACAUUGUUAGUGGUAGCGACUGCGGCCACAUUUUUGUUUGGGACAAGAACACCGAGUCGAUUAUUAACUUCAUGAAGGGCGAUCAUGCUGGAGUGGUUAACUGCUUGGAGCCACACCCCUGGAUGCCGGUGCUGGCCACCUCUGGCUUGGAACACGACGUUAAAAUUUGGGCACCCAAUGGCUCCGAAGAUGACACGUCCAAAACGGACAUCCUCAAAAGAACUCUGAAGCGCAACUUCGAGAGGAACAUUAAUGACACUGAGAACUUUGAUAUUAAUCAGUUUCAGAAUUUUAUACGCCACUUUAUUAGUUCCCCGGUCUCACGGGGAACCCGUCGUCGGGCUCCGCGAAGCGCGAACAGUUCUUCCGCAGCUGGGGCGGAGCAGCAGGAGCGGCAGCCAAGGGACAGCAGCAGCACUAGCUCCACACCGUCGCCAUUCUCCAAUGCCACCAGUCAGCGGCGCAGCAGCGACAGCUCUGACGACACUAAUGAAGUCGAUGCUGCUGCGGCUUUGGACACCCUACCAUGCCGCACGCAGUGAGUUAGCCGAAUCCAAAGCCCCUUGCUCCGGAAGGGCUUCAAAAUUUGAGUCCCGGGCCAAUCAAAUGAUUUCAGAGAGCCCAGCGUUUCUGAAGCUGUGAAUUUGCAAAUUGUAACCUUUAAGUGCGCAUAAUAUAAUUUUUAAUUUUUAUUUUUCUUUAACAGAGUUUGAACCAACCACUCUCACUUACAAGAAAUCUGUUGAGAAAUGUGAUUUUAUGUAAAAUACAACUAAUUGGAAAUUACAAAAAUAAAUCCAUGAAGGAACAA